CUGAUCCUUCCUCCGGAAGGAACUCAAAAAAGCCGGCGGACGCAAGUUUAUAUACUAUUUAUGUCAACCCUACUAAAAUCCUAGUUGGCCAAGCGCGCGCUCUCUUCCGUAUCUUCCUCUUCUUCACUUUUCUCCUGCAAGGUGAGGGGUCAAGGUGAGGGCGUCUUCGGCAAGCGAGGCAUCGGCGAGGUUACUAAUGUGGUUUCAUCAACGUGGGCCGCUCCUGCCAGGUUAGAUCACGGCUAUUUGAAAUCGAAACCUUGCGCCUCUUGCUUUUGGGCUGCUAUGGAUUUAGACCCCGAUGGCAUCUUCCGUGACGACUCCGGCUCUGAAGAUGACUUACUCCGUGAGAAGGAGUCCACCAAGGAUUUCUCUGUCUACCUUGUUGACGCAUCUCCCAAGAUGUUUGGCACGGUCGCAACAAAUGAAGUAGAUGAAAUGGGGGAAACUUUUUUUCAUGCUGCCGUCAAGUGCAUCUCUGAAUCUCUCAAGGCUCAAAUUAUUGGUAGAUCGUCGGACGAAAUUGCGAUUUGUUUCUUCAAUACUAGGGAGAAGAAAAAUACUCAGGAUCUUCAUGGCGUUUAUGUCUUCAAUGUUGCGGAAAGAGAACUUCUUGAUAGACCUACUGCAAGGUUAAUCAAAGAAUUCAGUGGCAUUGAGAAUAGUUUCAUACAUCAUAUCGGUAGUCGGUAUUGGAUCGAGCCUGCAUCAAGGGAGAACUCCUUGUACAAUGCUCUUUGGGUUGCUCAGGCGCUGCUGAGGAAAGGAUCUGUAAAGAAUGUGAGCAAAAGAAUACUCAUUUUCACAAAUGAAGAUAAUCCUUUUAGAAGCAUUUCUGGAGCAGCAAAGGCUGACAUGAUCAGGACUUCACUGCAACGUGCAAAGGAUGCUCAAGAACUUGGUAUCUCAAUCGAGCUUCUUCCAUUGAGCAGCAAAGAAUUUGAUGUUUCAAUCUUCUAUGCUGAUUUGCUUGGACUGGAAGGUGGAGAGAUGCCUCUAUUUCUGACAUCCGCUGAUGAAAAAUUAGAAGAUAUGGCCAAUCAGCUGCAAAAAAGGAUAUUUUCGAAGAGGAAGGUUAAAACAAUCAUGUUUGUGAUAGCAAGUGGUGUUAGCAUUGAAGUGAAUGCAUAUGCAUUAAUAAGGCCUUCCGUGCCUGGGGCUAUUAUGUGGCUGGAUUCAGUCACUAAUCUCCCCUUGAAGAUGGAGAGAACAUUCGUUUGCGCUGACACUGGUGCUUUGGUUGAGCAGCCACGCAUGCAUUUUCAGGAAUUUAACGGUGAAAUGGUAAAGUUUACCGUGGAAGAGUUGGCAGAAAUAAAGAAGGUUUCAGAUGGCCAUCUUCAUCUUCUAGGUUUCAAGCCAUUAGAUUGCCUAAAGGAUUAUCACAAUCUGAGGCCAUCUACAUUUAUAUAUCCUACUGACGAGGAGAUAAUUGGAAGCACUUGUGCUUUCGUUGCAUUACAUAGAUCCAUGGUGCGGCUUCAGCGGUUUGCAGUUGCAUUUUAUGGAAGUUCUACUCACCCACAGCUGGUUGCUCUUGUGGCACAGGAUGAAAUAAUCAGCUCAUCUGGUCAGCUAGAGCCCCCUGGAAUGCACAUGAUUUAUCUCCCAUAUUCUGAUGAUAUUAGAUAUCCAGAAGAGCUCCAGAUAUAUGCCGGCACACCUCGUGCAACAGAUGAUCAAAUCAAGAAAGCUUCUGCUUUGUUAAGGAGAAUAGAUUUGAAGGACUUUUCAGUUUGUCAAUUUUCAAAUCCUGCCCUGCAGAGACACUAUGGAAUACUGCAGGCCUUAGCAUUGGGCGAAGAUGAGAUGCCCAAUGUCAAGGAUGAAACGUUGCCUGAUGAAGAAGGCAUGGCCAAGCCAGGAGUAGUGCGUGCGAUAGAAGAGUUUAAAUUUGCUGUCUAUGGUGAAAACCAUGAUCAAGAAGAAGCUGCAAAGAAGGGUUCAACUACUGAAGCUUCCAAGAAGCGAAAAGCAAUCUACGAAGUCGCGUUAAAGGAAUCUGCAAGUUAUGAUUGGGCUGAUAUUGCUGAGCAUGGAAAACUUAAGGAUUUGACUGUAAUUGAGCUGAAGAACUACCUUACAGUUCACGGCCUACCCGUCACCGGAAAGAAGGAAGUUUUAAUAAGCAGGAUAUUAACCCAUUUGGGCAAGUAAUUUUGUCUGAGCUCUCUCUAUCAUGAUAUGCAGUUCUUACUAAGUAUUGGUGGUGAAAGCUAUGAUUCCCUUGAUGCAUAUAAUUUCUUGUAUUUUGUCCUGUGAACAUUUCCACUACUUUUUAAAAACUUCUAGCCUGCUCAUGUAAAAUAUUUUGUGGGUGGUGACUUACUACUUCAAUGCCACUUUUCUACUACUUAAAAUGAGGUAUUUUGAAUGUGCCAUAAGUUUAUAAUUCCCGUUGAAUGAAAGGAUGUGUAUGUUUUGUCAUGAUGAUGGCAUUCUAUCUAUGCUGUAAUUUUAUUGUUAACUACUAUAUUUUGCUCUGAUUUAAAGCUAGUGUUUGCAACA